AUGACAGGCCAUAACUGCUGGGGAUACGGCCAGAAAGAUGGACCUUCUCAAUGGUAUAAGUCUUAUCCCAUUGCCCAAGGCAGCCGUCAAUCUCCAAUUGAUAUCAUCUCCACGCAAGCUAUCUUUGACCCCAGUUUGAAGCCUCUUAGUAUUUCCUAUGGAUCGGAUUCAUCUCUUGGCAUCUCCAACAACGGGCAUUCAGUCAUGGUGGAUUUCAAGGAUGUCGAUGACAAAACAGCUAUCAGUGGAGGCCCCUUGAAAAAUCCUUAUAGGCUGAAACAAUUCCAUUUUCACUGGGGGACAAGCCAGAAGUCUGGAUCCGAACAUACCAUUAAUGGGAAAUCUUUUCCUUGCGAGCUCCAUUUAGUUCACUGGAAUGCCAAGAAAUACACAACAUUUGGAGAAGCUGUAGCUGCCCCAGAUGGCCUUGCCGUGAUUGGGGUUUUCUUAGAGGUUGGAGAAGAACAUACUUCUAUGAACCGAUUGACUGAUGCCUUCUAUAUGGUCAAAUUUAAAGGAACAAAAGCUGAAUUCAGAUCUUUCAACCCAAGCACUCUGCUUCCCCCUGGCAAAAGGUACUGGACUUAUGCCGGAUCUUUGACCACGCCGCCUCUCCAUGAGAGUGUCACCUGGAUUGUACUGAAGGAAGCUAUCCAAAUAUCAGAGAAACAGAUGGAGAAAUUCAGAAGUCUCCUUUUUACGACAGAGGAAGAUGAAAAAAUCCCAAUGGUGAAUAAUUUUCGGCCCCCUCAGCCUCUUAAGGGGAGGGUCGUUCGGGCAUCCUUCCAGAUAUAA